UCAUUUGGACACUUCCUGCUUGUCCUAACGUCAUGAGGAGACUGGUGGUUCUCACAUUUAUGGUAACUAGCGUCUGUGGAUGCGGCCUUCCCACCUAUCCUCCUGCAGUAGACCGAGUGGUAGCAGGAGUGGACGUCAGGCCUUACAGUUGGCCCUGGCAGGUCUCCCUCCAGUCAGACAGCAGUGGGCGCUGGAGUCACGUCUGUGGAGGAACCCUCAUCACAUUGGAAUGGGUCCUCACUGCUGCACACUGCAUCAGAAGCCACUCCACCUACCGAGUCGAAGUGGGUAAACACAGCUUGGAGGCGAGCGAGGAGAACUCGAUAACUCGGGGGGUGUCCCAUUCCAUCACCCAUGAGGACUACAACAUCUUUCUAAGCCGUAACGACAUUGCCCUGAUCAAGCUCUCCUCCCCUGUGGUCUCCUCUGACACCAUCAUGCCUGCCUGCCUCCCACAACCCAAUGCAGUGCUUUCGCACGGCACUGCAUGCUACAUCACCGGCUGGGGUCGGCUGUCCACUGAUGGCCCCAUGGCUGACGUCCUGCAGCAGGCUCUCCUGCUUGUGGUCGACCAUGACACAUGCUCACAGCCUGACUGGUGGAGCGUCCUGGCGACUGACAAGAUGGUCUGUGCCGGUGGCGACGGCAUCUCUGCUGGCUGUAACGGAGACUCUGGAGGUCCUCUCAACUGUCAGAACCCUGAUGGCACAUGGACCGUCUACGGAGUGGUGAGCUUCGGUUCUGGUCAAGGCUGCAAUGUCUUCAAGAAGCCCACUGUUUUUACCCAAGUUAGCUCCUACAUGAGCUGGAUCGACAAAGUUACGAGUAACUAUUGAAGAGGCUGUUCAUGUUUGUAGCAGCUGCAGAAGGCAGGGUUUUUGCUACAUGGAAGUGAUCGUGGCGCAGCGCCACGACAAAAUAAAAGCUGCC